CGAAUCUUUCGACUUCUGAACCACUCGUCAAUCACUCACCUCUGUUCCGCUGAUAUUCCCAUGCUGGAACGACCGCCCAUCGCUUGUCAUCACUGGCUAUUCUGUUGAAGUGAUCAAUGAUGCGCGACUCGUUGUCUAGUCGUCUACUCAGACGAGAGCUACAAGACUCUGUCGGGCCCUCAAGAAAGGUCAAGUCGAUCUACGGCGACAAGAACUGGAUUCGUGACCUUGACAUUGUUAACGAGCUUGACGGCCACUCUGGAUGCGUAAAUGCUCUCAGUUGGUCCAAGUCAGGCCGUCUCCUCGCUUCGGGAUCCGAUGACCAGCAUAUCAACAUCCACACCUACCAGCCUGAUGACUCGAACACGCAAUUCAAGCUGGCUACCAGCAUCGCCACUGGCCAUCGCGCCAACAUCUUCUCCGUCAAGUUCAUGCCCCACUCGAACGACCGUACUGUCAUAUCCGCUGCUGGUGAUUGCGAAGUCCGCAUCUUCGAUCUCGAAUACUCCGGCACCAAUACUGAAGCAUCACGGGCCUCGGCCAUGGCUUUGAACAGCAGCUCCAGAGGCAUGCGAGCCAAUACCCAAUCUGGGGUGCGACAUCUGAGUGACGGAGACACAAACUGUAGAGUCUACCGCUCUCACGGCGACAGAGUCAAAAGGGUGGUUACAGAAUCCUCCCCCCACCUCUUCUUGACUUGCUCGGAAGACGGAGAAGUGCGUCAAUGGGAUCUGCGUCAACCGUCAUCCGCCUACCCUUCUCCUUCCAGUAGGUCAACAUCUGUACCACCUGCCCUCAUUUCCUAUAAACGAUAUGAUUUGGACCUCAAUACCAUUUCUUGUUCGCCAAGCCAACCUCAUUACAUUGCCCUUGGUGGUGCUCAUCUGCAUUGUUUCCUCCAUGAUCGUCGAAUGCUUGGACGCGACAAACUCCACGAGCGUGCCGCCUCACCUGCUAUCUCUGCCAGCCAGCUGUCCGAUUUGGACGAGGACGCACUUGGUCAAGCCACCCGAUGCGUUCGCAAGUUCGCUCCCCGAGGUCAGCGUGUUAUGGGCCAGAGGGACAAUGGACACAUCACAGCUUGUAAGAUCAGUGACGCUUACCCGAACGAGCUCAUCGCCAGUUGGUCCGGUGACCAUAUCUACAGUUUCGAUUUAGUGCGUAGUCCGGAUGCCAGCGUAGCUGCCAGAGGCUCAAGUUCAACAGUCCAAUCGAGUGCUAGUAGGCAAAGGGCAAGGGAGAGCAGCGAGCGAAAACGGAAGCGGAGGACUGGAAGUCAGUUCUCACACUCUUCCGCUGGCCCUUCUCGCGAACAUCCCCGCCAACGGACCAAAGAAGCGGGCGCGGAAAGACAAAGCGACGUUGCCUUGCGAGUACAAUAUGAUAACGGUCAGAGCGAAGACAUACCAAUCGCCCGUUCGACCAGCCCCGUCUCGUCUCUACGGGAGAGCGUGAUGAAAGAUAGGCAGCGGAAGGCGUAUCGUCUCGCGAAGACAGUCGUCGAGCUCCGUCGGACUAUGUUCACCCUGCACGAUCAAGCUGUAGGUUCUUCAAGCAACAUGACCAGCCAUAUCACCGAGUUUACUUCUGUACGAAGCUUGGCUGCUACAAUAUUGCCGCAGAUGCAGGAAAUCACUCGAACGUGGCGCUACCCAGGCGAUCCCGUCUCCGAGGACGUUGUACUACAACGGACUCUGCGUUCAGACAGAGAAUCCGCCUGGCGCUUCGUGCAGGCUUCUGGAGUAAUUGCCCGAGCGCUUGGUGGUCAAUCACAUACUGCUAGUCAAGAAAUCUUCGACACCCCUCUCUUUGCUCGGAUUGAUCAUGCGCCAAACGAAGGCAGUAGCCUCAGCGAUCGUGAGAGAUUUGGCUACGACUUCCUCAAAGCUAUCUUUCUCUGGCUCGACAGUGGUUUAGGGGCUCUGAUCGACGGCUUCACUAGAUCUUCAGACGUCGCUAGAUACGCAUCUCGCUUGCCGGUACCUAAAGAUGCCAGUAUUGAUGCGUUCGAUGAAUGUAUCGUACCCUAUCUUCUAGAUCACUCAUCUGGCACUCCCAUCUUCAAUGUUGACGCUUCGAGAUUUGAGGUUGAUCAGAGUCGGAUUCUUUACGAGACCGAAAACGACGCAGUCCGAGCUUUUGUCGAAGCAGUCAAGAUACCCUUCGCGGAUCUAUCUUCAGACGAACUCAUGGAAGGUGCGUCCGGAUCUUCUCAGAGGCGAAGCGAUGCUGUACUUCACUGGGGUCUGAAGGUAGCUCGUGGCGUCCUCAUAAAUGCAGGAGAGGGCGUCAACUUUGCUUUCGUAGACAGAGCAUUCGGCGGGCUUGGUUCGGGCAACAACGCAGCAGCUCGCGAGGACGCCCGACUACGUGAAAGACAACAGCACAUUGAUACCACCGAGGAAGAGCCUAUGGCGCAGUCGAUGGAAAUCAUUCAAGCUUCACCAGACCAAUCUUCGGAAGAGGAAGAAGACGUUAUCGCCAUGAGUGACAUCAGAGCAGCAAUGGGUGAAACCAGCGACGAAGAUGAAGACGAAGACGACGAGAUGGAAGAUGACGAACUCGAUGAAGACGAAGGCGCCGAUGCUGACUCGAUCGACGACGGGGAUAGUCACGGAAACGAAGACCAAGAAGAAGAGGAAGAUGAAGACUUCCCGCGUAUGAUGUAUCGCAGCGCGUUUGGAAGACGACGUAAGCGUGGGGAGGUUGAAAGAGAAGUAUACUGCUCGCCUCACACCAGAGUUUAUCGAGGGCACUGCAACGUCAAGACAGUAAAGGAUGUCAACUUCUUCGGCUUGGACGACGAAUAUGUGGUCUCAGGUUCGGAUGACGGCAACUUCUUCGUUUGGGACCGUAAGUCAGGGCAACUCGUCAACAUCCUGGAGGGAGAUGGAGAAGUCGUCAACGUACUCCAAGGUCACCCAUACGAGCCCAUGAUGGCCGUCAGCGGCAUCGACCAUACCAUCAAGAUAUUCUCACCAGAUGCGAGGGCGCGCGAAGCGGCUAGGCUCGGACGUGGUGUGGGGGCAGCUGACGCAUCAACAUUCUCGUCCAUCUCUUGGAUGCGGCAGAGGAGACAGAACAGACGGGCUGGGGCCACGUCAGAGCCUGCGCUACCAGCAGGCGCUAGAGACCGUAACAGAGAUGACGAAGAUGAGUAUGUGGCGCGAGGCGGAUUGGCAAGCAGGAAACGCAUGCACCUGGAGUACCAGAUCACAUCUCAGAAUGACGUGGAACGACAAGGAGGGAACCAGGAAACGUUCCUUACAAGAAGUAUGCUGGCAUCCUUAGCACAACACCUCAGAAGGCAGAGGGCCGAAGCAAGAGGCGAGGAAGAUGAUGGAGAAGCCGGAGCGAUACCGGGAGGCAGAGUCGUCGUUGGGGACGACUGCGUGGUCCAGUAAGGGCACGCAUGGUUAUGGCCGGCAAAUAGACCCGACCCAAGGCAUAUAGCAACUUCUUAUGAUAAUUACAAUGAUAGCCAGAGUGUGGUGAAGCAAGUCGCUUUACGGAAGCGGUGUAUGGAAGCCCGAGACUACUUGACUUUCGGUUUCCUCGCCUUUUUGACUCUCUGGCGAUUGCUCUUGAUCAUGAUGAGGGAAAGGAAAGAGCCAACAACGGCACCUCCUACCAAGAUGAGAAUGACAGGGAUCCGAAUGGCCCAGACACGGGGAAGGAAGAAAGACUGGGAGGGGUGUGACGAGUCGACAAAGGGCAUGACCAGAGUCCAGAAGGUGUAAUAAAGAAAGACGGUGGUCGCUACGAUGAGCAUCAUGGCGCCGAGAGCUAGGUCGCGCUGGAAUCAAAUUGGG